AUGUCGGACGCCGUUGAGACCAAGAAGGCUGUCGCAACCGAGGGCACGCUCGAGAAGACCGCCUCGUCGGGGCAAAGGUCGAGCGAUGCUGAGUUUCCCGCCGAGGCUCAGGUCGAGGCCGACCUGAACGUCACCGAGCAGGAUCUCAGCGAGGCUAAGGAGUUGGCGAGUCGACUGACACUCGAGGAGAUCCGGCCCAUGAUGGAGAAGGUGCUGCUGAUCCACGAGCAUGACCCAAACUUCCCGUACACGAUUAUUCAGAGGAUCAAGUCCUUCCUAGCGAACGACGCUGUUUUCGAAAAUCCCGAAAAACAUGCCGUGUUGAUCGAGGAGAUGAAACUUGAGGCUGCUCUGAUCACCGUGAACAGCCCUUACGCUGAGGUCAGGGCUGUUGUCGACAAUCACGACGACGCCGAUAUACCUUGUGGAACGAUCCGUGCUUGGGUCCUUGGUUGUGGAUUCUCGAUUCUGUUGGCCUUCAUCAAUCAGCUGUUCUCGAUUCGCCAACCAACCAUCACCGUCCAGGCGAACGUUGCUCAGCUGCUUGCCUAUCCCCUAGGCAAACUGUGCGAGAAGACCCUGCCCGAUGUUGGCUUCACCCUCUGGGGCAUUCGUCACAGUUUAAACCCUGGAAAAUUCUCCAAGAAGGAGCACAUGCUCAUCACCAUCAUGGCCAAUGUCUCGUGGAACUACCCCUAUACCAAUAACAUCAUCUGGGUGCAAUACCUUCCAUCGUACUUCAACCAAAGCUACGCGGGCCAGUUCUCUUACCAGAUCCUUAUCGCACUCUCAACCAACUUUAUCGGCUAUGGAAUGGCUGGCAUGAUCCGCAGAUUCCUGGUGUAUCCAUCCUACUGUGUUUGGCCAGCAUCGUUGGUCACCAUCGCACUGAACUCCGCUUUCCACAACGACAAGACGGGGCCUGUGGCAUCUCCGUUCGGGAGGGUAUUCACCAUGUCUAGAAUCAAGUUUUUCGCCGUCACCUUCGCAGCUAUGGGGGUCUACUUUUGGUUCCCCAACUAUAUCUUUACGGCCUUGAGCAUCUUCAGCUGGAUGAGCUGGAUCGCACCUAACAAUCUGAACCUGAACACCAUCACUGGAUUCAACAACGGACUUGGCAUUAACCCAUGGCCGACAUUUGAUUGGAACAUCUUGCUCUUCGACUACACCGACCCACUGAUGAUUCCCUUCUUCAGCACCUUUAACAAGUUCAUCGGCGCCACCAUCUCCAUCUUUGUUACUGCUGCCAUAUGGUAUACAAACACGUGGAGCACUGGCUACCUGCCCAUCAACUCGAAUCGGGUCUUUGACAAUACAGGAGGUCUCUACAAUGUCACUCGUGCUGUGGACAGCCGAGCACUGUUCGACGCCGACAAAUACGCGGCGUAUUCUCCGCCUUUCCUGUCUGCGAUGAACCUUACCGUGUACAUGUUCUUCUUCGCCAUUUAUACCGCCACGAUCAGUUACGCAUAUCUCUAUCACCGACACGAGAUCAUGAUGGGGUUCCGCAACCUGAUCAACAGCUUUCGCAAGAACAAGGACAGCAAUGUUGGGCAGUAUUCUGACGUGCAUAAUCGACUGAUGGCCAAAUACGCGGAAGUGCCAGAAUGGUGGUAUACCAUUAUCAUCGUUGUCGCCAUAGCGGUCGGGUGCGCCGGCAUCGCGGCCUGGGACACGUACACUUCACCCGGAGUGAUCUUCUACGGCUUAGCAUUGUGCGCAAUAUUCGUCAUCCCCGUCGGCAUCAUCAAGGCAAUGACAGGUGUCGAAGUUACGCUCAAUGUCAUCGCCGAGUUCAUCGGUGGUUCCUGGGUCCAGGGCAACGCCCUAGCCAUGAACUUCUUCAAGAGUUUUGGCUAUGUCACCUGCGCACACGCCCUGUGGUUCUCGAAUGACCUAAAGCUCGCCCACUAUGUGAAGAUCCCGCCCCGCCAGACCUUCAUGGCGCAGAUGAUCGGCACCCUGCUCUCCACUUUCGUGUGCACUGGUGUCCUCAACUUCCAGAUGAACCAGAUACCUGGUGUUUGUACACGCGAAGCCCCGAACCGUUAUACAUGCCCUGGAAUCAACACCUUCUUCACCGCAUCGGUCCUGUGGGGCACCGUUGGACCCGUCAAGGUUUUUGGUAAAGGAGGUCUUUACCCUGCUCUGCUCGUCGGCUUUCCUCUGGGUUUCGUCCUUCCCAUCGCCUUCUUUUUCAUCCAGAAGAAGUACAAGAAGGGGUGGCUGCGCCAGGUGCACCCUGUCGCCAUGUUCUACGGCGCUCUUUCGUUGGCACCUUAUAACCUGUCGUACAUCUGGCCUGCUGUUCCGAUCGCCUGGUUCUCCUGGGUGUACUUGAAGAAGCGCUACCUAGCCUUUUGGUCCAAGUACAACUUUGUUCUAUCCGCCUCCUUUAGCAGCGCCAUUGCCAUCUCCGGAAUCAUCAUCUUCUUCACCGUUCAGUGGCUGCAGGUAGAGCUGGACUGGUGGGGCAACAGUGUCACCGCCCAGGGCUGUGAGGACGAGGCCUGCACACUGUUUACCGCCGCUGAGGGGGAAUACUUUGGUCCCCGCUUAGGCGAGUUCCACUGA